AUGUCUGAAUUAAUAGGUUCACGGCUCGUGGUUCCGGGCCAGGCUCGAGGGUUUGGAAUUUUAAAAUAUGUUGGCUCCAUAGAGGGCAAGACCGGCACUUUUGGUGGGGUAGAGCUUCAAGGACCGACUGCUUCUUCCCGUGGUAAGAACAGUGGGGCUGUUGAUGGAAUUCAAUAUUUCGAGGUAUCUCAACCCAUGACAGGACUAUUCCUCCCGUGGGAUCGUCUCCGAGCGGUCAACCCCAAGCUUCCCCUUUUGGAACUGUCGAGAGCAAGUUCAGUUGUCAGUCGAAGCAGUGAUGUGCCUCAUUCGCCAACGCCACCCAACAGACGUGGCCUGAGACUCAACAGUAUAGGACGCACGGACAGUUUGUCUAGGACUACCACCAAUGGCCGUGACAGCCCACAUUUAGGCAGUCUGUCUAUUAAUAUAUCAAAGAGAAGUGUGGCAUCCAGAGACUUUGCUAGACCCCCAAGCACCGCUCUGUCUAUUGUUGGUUCGAGAAAUUCUCUGGGAGACUUAUUCGAAAGGACUCGUCAAGCCCAGCUGCAUGAUCUUGCCGCUUUACAGAGCGAACUAACCACCUCCAAGUUUGCGUUGGAUGCGAGCACAAGGGAACUUCAGGAGAAAAACGCCAUUCUCUUGGAGUUGCAGCGUACGGUGGACGAAUUAAGUCCCCUUUUGGGAGACUACGAGAAUAGCUUGAAUGAAAAAGAUAAGAAACUCAAGAAACAACGACAAGAAUAUGACAGAGCUAGAGAGGAGUGGAGACAGAGUCUUGAUUUAAUGCUCAGCGCACAGCAGCAGGCAGAGAGUCUUUAUGAACAGCAAAUAGAAGACCUAAAGGAGGAGCUUACAAAACUCAGUGUCAACGGUUUUCAAUCAGAAGCUGAUCCUGGUGUUGCAAAAAUGCAAUCCCGGUUGGACGAGACGUUAACAGAAAACGCUCGUUUAAAGCUGCAGCUACAACUUCAACUGUCUCAAACUACACCUAAUGAGGUUGACGAACUGGAACACAUCGAGCUGCUCGAAAAGAAAAUUUACAUGUUGACUCAAGAUGUUAGUUCCAUCGAGAUCGUACUAGAAGAGAGCCAGAAAAAAAUCAAGGCAAAGGAUGCUCGCAUUGCGGAGUUGGAAAUCGCAUUAGACGACCUCAAAGAUGAGAACAUUCUGGCACUUCUGAAGGGCGUAGAUGCGUUGUCUGUGGACGGAUGGGGUGCCCAGGAGGCUCAAUUAAAGAAGCAGAUUGAGGAUCUCGAACGGCAGGUUGCCGAACAUAAAGGAAAGGAAAAUGAGAUACCAAAGCUGACUGAUUCAGGUGAAGUUACCAAACUUGAGGCUGAACUUCUCUCUAGCAAGAGUCAGGUAGAAGCGCAGUUAAAAAAGAUCGGGGAACUAGAAGAGUCGCUUCAGGCUGCAGCCUCCAGGGAGCAGGAACUCAAAGACUCUAUCAAAACUGCUACAUCGAAGGAGCAAGAGUUGGAAAAGACUAUCCAAGAUGCGUUUGCCAGAGAAGAGAAGCUCCUCGCAAUUUCUUCUAACGAGGACGCACCCCUUCUCAAGACUAUCGAAGACCUCAAACAUGAGCUCAAGAUGAGACCCUCGUUUGAUGAGCUUACAGAGCUUCAAAUGGCUCUAGAUGAUGUAGAACGUUUGCACACGAACGAAGUCUACUUGAAAGAGAAAGAGUUGACUGCUCUUAAAGAGGAGAAUGUUAAGUUACGACACGAAGUGGAUAUUUUAAAGAUUCGAAUUGCUGAAUGUGACAAUGAAAUCCCUUUGAAAACACCUGUGAACAACAGUCCAAUCAAGAAUGGCGCGUCUUCGGGAUCUACAAGUCUUCCCGACCCCGAAGUGUGGGCUAAAAACGAUAGUCUCCCUAUCUAUUCUCCUCAGACUCGCUUUGAUCCCAGUAGUGGCCGAAAUGAUUGGUGCGGCUUGUGUGAGAGAGACGGCCACAACAGUCUCAACUGUCCAUACGAGAACGAUAUCUUUUGA